CUCUCGGUUUUAGCCGAUCACUGGACAGUGGACACCCACAUUUGCCAAUGCAUGUGAAAGAGUGAACUCAACUGACACUCUUCUCACCACUGUCGGCACUUCUCUCUCUCUCUCUCUCGUGACACCCUCAAUUUUAGCGCAUAAAAACAACCACCAAGUACCCUUAAAUACCCGCCACAAACACCACUUUAUCACUCCCUAACCGCUGAUACUAACCACCACCACCACUGCCACCACCCUACCGCAACCCAUGAAGCCCUCUCCUUUCUUCUUUCUUCUUCUCGUUUCUAUGGUUUCUAAAUUCCCAUUCUCCCAGUCGGUCUACCAUGAAUACCAAGAAGCAUUAUCUAAGUCCAUUCUUUUCUUCGAAGGCCAAAGGUCUGGCUAUUUGCCUCAAGACCAACGCAUCACCUGGCGAGCCAAUUCAGGCCUCAGCGAUGGCUGGACCUACAAUACAGACCUCACCGGCGGGUACUACGACGCUGGUGAUAAUGUGAAAUUUGGGUUUCCGAUGGCAUUCACUACCACAAUGUUGGCUUGGAGCGUCAUCGAAUUCGGAGACUUAAUGCCUCCAAGCGAGCUCAGAAAUACUAUGGUCGCUAUUCGUUGGGCUACCGAUUAUCUGCUCAAGACUGUUUCUCAGCCUAACCGGAUUUUUGUUCAGGUGGGGGAUCCAAAUGUAGACCAUAGUUGUUGGGAGAGGCCGGAGGAUAUGGAUACUCCUAGGACUGUCUAUUCAGUAGAUGCACCAAAUCCGGCAUCGGAUGUCGCCGGUGAGACUGCAGCCGCUUUGGCAGCUUCAUCUAUGGCGCUUCGGUCAUCGGACCCAGGAUAUGCUGACACAUUGUUGAGAAAUGCCAUUAAAGCCUUUCAAUUUGCUGACAAUUAUAGAGGAGCUUACAGUGACAACUCGAACAUUAGAGAUGGUGUCUGCCCAUUUUAUUGUGAUUUUGAUGGAUAUCAAGAUGAAUUGCUAUGGGGAGCAGCUUGGCUUAGGAGGGCAUCUUAUGAUGACACUUAUCUUAGUUACAUAGAGAGCAAUGGCAGAACCCUUGGAGCUGACGACAAUAUUAAUGAGUUUGGCUGGGACAAUAAGCACGCUGGCCUAAAUGUUCUUGUCUCCAAGGAAGUCCUAGAAGGGAACAUGUACUCACUUGAAUCAUACAAGGCAUCAGCAGAUAGCUUCAUGUGCACGCUUAUGCCAGAAUCAGCCUCCUCUCACAUAGAAUACACUCCUGGUGGCCUCAUUUACAAGCCAGGAGGAAGCAACUUGCAACAUGCAACAACAAUCUCAUUUCUGCUACUUGUUUAUGCAAAUUACCUAGAAAGAACAUCCCAAUCAGUCAAUUGUGGCAAUGUAAAUGCGGGUCCAUAUUCGCUUCGUCGGCAGGCCAAGAGGCAAGUUGAUUACAUAUUAGGUGAUAAUCCAUUGGGAUUAUCUUACAUGGUUGGAUACAGUAACAAUUAUCCUCAACGUAUUCAUCAUCGUGGCUCAUCAUUACCAUCGAUUAAGGAUCACCCUGAAUUUAUCGCUUGCAAAGAGGGUUCAAUUUACUUCAACUCAACAAAUCCUAAUCCUAAUGUGCUUGUGGGUGCAAUUGUGGGUGGACCUAGUGAAGAUGACUCGUAUGGAGAUGAUCGAGCCGAUUAUAAGAAGUCUGAGCCCACUACAUAUAUUAAUGCACCAUUUGUUGGUGUGCUUGCUUAUUUCGCAGCAAAUCCUAAUUUUAGUUGAAACCCCACACCAAUUAUUUUUGUAUACAAGUCAAUAUUUAUUGACAUUUCAAAAUAGGAAAAAAAAAAAAAAGAAAAGAAAAGGAAGUCUCUUAUCUUGGCAAAGGUAAAGAUGGCAGAGGCCUGUUAUAUAAAUUCUGAAUUUGAAGAAUUGCA